GUAGAAGGGCCAUUCACUGUUGUAUGGAAAGGGAAGGUGCCAAAAGCCCGAGGUUGAGUAGCCCCUAACCUAACCUGAGCAACCGGAGGUUGGGGGGGUGGAGAGGUGGGAGGAAGAUGAAGAACCAGGGCACUUGUUGCUGGUGCCCUGGGCACUGCAUUGCUUUGCUCUUUGUCUCCAGGGCUGAGGAGAGGAGCCUCACCUGCAUUCUCUUUCCCAUUCCUCUGCAUCUGUAAACAAACACAACUUCCUACUCUUUGGGUAGCUAUCCCCUUUGCUAGUUGAGGAAAGACUUAAGAUGUGGUGCAGUGGGGGAUCUUCAGACCUCAGUUUCUCUGUCCUUAGUGGCUCUCAGAUGGAGAUGUGGGUGUCGCUUCCCUGAAGAGACUCUUACUUACCCUUGUCGGUGGUGGGAAGGAGAUCUCUGAAGAGUCCAGGACCCCCUUAGCUCCCAGGAAUGCAAGCUUGCUGACUACGGCCCCCAAGGUGACACCUUCAGUCAGUGGGUAUCAGAAUGCCUUCUCUCCUGCCAAACACACUUUCCUAGCAGAGUUCCGGUUAUAAAUCCUUGUCUUUAGCGUGCACUACCCAAGCCCCGCUCCUUCUCCAGAGCCUGGAAGCUUCAGAAAUUAGGGGGAAAUUAGGGCGGAAGAAGGAUCCCAGAAUCGGGCCUGGUGGAGGGAGGAGCGUUUCCCUUACUUGGGGAUGCCCGCCUCUGCCCUUGUUUGCUCUGAGAUAGCCAGUCUCUCUCCUGCCCAGCACAAGGCGCUGCCCUUGGGCUUUCCUAUACUCUUCCGUCCACCGACUAACAGACGACAGGACCAGGAGACAGUCGUGACCAUGGCCUGGGCCCUGGUGGGGGCUUUCCUCUGCGGAUCCUUGCUGGGCUUCGUGUGCCUGAGCGUCCCAGGGCUAGCCGUGGAGGUGACCGUGCCCACUGAGCCACUGAGCAUGCCCAAGGGCAAGACAGCAGAGCUGAGCUGCAGGUACAGCACGUCCGUGGGGAACAACUUCGCUUUGGAGUGGAGCUUUGUCCAGCCUGGGAAACCCAUCUCUGCAUCUCUUCCUAUACUGUACUUCACCAAUGACCACCUGUAUCCCACCGGCUCUAAAGCAGAUCGGGCCAGCCUUCUCCACAACCCCCCCACAGGAGGAGUGGCUACUCUGAAACUGACUGACCUCCGCCCCUCAGACACUGGAACCUACCUCUGCAACGUUAACAACCCCCCAGAUUUCUACACCAAUGGGUUGGGGUUAAUCAACCUUACCGUGCUUGUGGCCCCCAGUGAGCCCGUAUGCAGCCACAGUGGGCAAACCUCGGUGGGAGGCUCUGUUGCACUGAGAUGCACCUCCUCCGAGGGAGCGCCCAAGCCCGUGUACAACUGGGUCCGGCUCGGAUCUUCUCCUACACCUCCUCCUGGUAGCAUGGUUCAAGAUGAAGUGUCUGGCCAGCUCAUUCUCACCAAUCUCUCUCUGACCUCCUCUGGCACUUACCGUUGUGUGGCCAGCAACCAGAUGGGCAGUGCCUCCUGCGAGCUGGACCUCUCAGUGACUGACUCAUCUGAAGGCCGAGUGGCCGGGACGCUGAUUGGGGUGCUCCUGGGUGUGCUGCUGCUGUCGGUGGCUGCGUUCUGCCUGAUCAGGUUCCAGAAAGAGAGGAAGAAGGAGCCCAAGGAGACAUACAGGGGUAGUGACCUUCGGGAGGAUGCCACAGCACCUGGGAUUUCUGAGCAAGCUUCUAGGAGGGCCGAUUUCAGCAAAGGGCUCCUGGAGAAGUCCCCAUCCACCAGCAUGGUGACGACCAAGUCCAAACUCUCUAUGGUUGUCUGACUUCUGAUCCCUGAGGGUGGUGAGGGGUAAUGUUAAUAAUUAAAGCCGUUGGAUAAC